GUCGCUAUGGCAAAGGGUGGCAUCACUGGGGGACGUGUUGGAGGCACGGAACGGUGCAGCGCUCGCUGAGAUGACGCCAUUUUACUAACCUUUUCGUCGCGCACUACCACCACCAUCAGUCGCUCAGGAGCCGCCGAAACGCCUCGCGUUACGUGCCGCACGCGCCACGCGGCCGUUCGUAACGUCGUUGUCGCACACACCGAUUCGACGCCUCCGCGCUCCGCGAGCAAGCAAGCAAGUAGAUUGCCAUAACAGUUUGCACUAUUAUGGAAGAUGAGGAUGGAGAGGGUAAAAUGGUAGAUAUGUGGAACAUAUUGGAGGAGCAGCAGCGACUCAAGGACACCACAUUGGGCAACGCACUGAGACAUUCCAUCGACGAUGUGUAUACGGAUGUAAUCGAGGAGGAGAAGAAGCAGCAGCAGCAAAAGCUGAUACGCUACAAUUCGAUUGUAGCCUCGAACGAUACGCGUAAGAACAUCGUUGCGAGGCCGAAGCUGAUAUUCAAGGGCCUCAAGAAGCGCAUCUUGGCUGAGGCACGGGAAGGCCCUACCACGCCAAAGGGCAGCAUCGGCACGCCGGGAGCAGCUACAGCACAUCAGCAAUCGACGACGCGUCCCAAUGUCCCGACGAGGACCGGCAGCAGGGACGGCAAGGGGGUGGAGAGGAAGCGAAAGCGUAAGAUAACGGAAUACGCUCAGUAUCUGGGCCUACGACCGUCCUCCACGAGGCACGCGGAGUGCUCCAAGUGCCACGCGCGGCAGUCCACACAGGGCUGCGGUCCUAACUCGUGCGCCUGUAAUCCUAGUGGUAUGACGCUGAUGGCUGGCACUUCCGUUGAGUCGCAGAUGCCGCCGGCACCGCCGCCGCUGCACGCGAGCAACUUCAAGAUCACACGGAAGGUCUACUUGUGCUCGGCAUGUGGUACGUACUUCGAGAACUGGAACCUAUUCCUGCACAUGCGGGACAUACACGAGCGUCACAUAUGUCUCUACUGCCUGGGCAUGUUCGGCCAGGCAGAGAGGCUUCUCUGCCAUCUGAUGAACAAGCACAGCGUGCCGGAGAUGGCAUUCACCACGGUCGAGGACUUCUACCGCGCCUUCAAGGGAUCGUGCUACCUGAUCUGCUGCAGCUGUGAGAAAGUGUUCUCGGAGACUGACGACUUCUACAACCAUUUUUGCGUCCCGGUGCUGGGAGAGCAGGACGCAGCGGCCGUCGCCACCACGUCGACGUGCACCAUAUGCAGGCAGACCGGCACGCACGCGAGUACCUGUAGUUUUGCUCUAUCGUUGGAAAAAGAUUCGUGCGCCCUGGCGGCGGUUGCCGACGUCGCGACAUGUACAGACACAGCGGCGUCACCGGCGACAGCGGCAGCGACUGUUCCUCCGGCGUCGGAGAUAGCCGCGAAUCUCGGGGGUAAGGGACUACCGAGGAAAGCGAUUAAGUACAGCAGGAGGAAACAGCGCGGGCGAGACGAUAUGCAGAAUUCUCGCCAGCAAAAGCCGCCGAGUGCGCUGACGAGAAUGCUCGCGGACACGAGAUCGGUACAGUGUAAUGAGAAUCAAUUCGAUCGCUACGACCUUGACGCGAGGGAGCUCACGAACAAUCUGCCCAGGGACACGGUCACCGAGACAAUAAUGGAGGUCUCCAGGUACACGGGCGGCGAUUCGUCCGACGAGAACGACGAGAACGAUGAGCAGGCGGUGAACAAGGACUCGCACGGCAAUCGCGAUAGAGGCGUGGGUGGAAAGUCGCCCGCGAUUCAGCAGAACUGUCAGCUCGAGUUCAGUGAACCCUACGACAGCGUGACCGAAACUAUCAUGGAGGUGUCGCGUUACACGGGCGAAGAGAACAAGAGCCAGAGAGAAGAGAACGCAGCAACGUGCAUCCCAAACGCGCGCAAUGCGUCGCACGCGAUCGAAAAGACGAGAGAAGGCGACGAGGCGUGCGAGAAGAACGACGUUGACCCGUCGCGCUCGACCAGUGGUUCGACAGCACCUAGUCCGGUACAGUGGGACGCGGAGGCCGUGACAGCGGAUACGAAAGCGAACGCUAGCGCGUACGAGACCAAGUAUGAAGCCAGUCUGCAGGACGCGCGAAGUUGCAGCCCCAUUAACCGGUCGUUGUUCAGCCCGCAACACGAAUCGCAACACAUAUCGGAUCCGCCAAAGUCUAGGGAGAGAGAAGGUCUCGAAAAUGUCGACAGCAAGAGAGCGGAUAAACCACUUGUCGCAACGAACGCCAGUGAAUCUCAAGCCUCGGUUUCGUUCAACGCCGUCGCUCCAUCCGACAGGAGUUUGGUCAUCAAGAUUUGUAACAGGAAUUCGCAGUUUAGCGUUGCGACGACCACCGUCACGAGCAGAGAAUCCGAGGAGAAUAACAACGCUGAGGAAUCAACGUCGAAGGAGAGACUACCGAACGGUUCGCAAACGGAGAGAAGGGACGUUAUUGGCGAUGAUAAUCAGGUGAACGAGCUGGACGACAGUGAUUCCGACAGCGACAAACUAGCGGUAGUGGACAGCAAUCCGGAGGAGGACGAGGAAGCGGAGGAGGGCGAGGAGGGUGAAGAGGUUGACGUGACCGAGGACAGGCACGAGGACGGCGCGGGAGACAAGAAAAACCAAAGGAACCAGGAGGAAAAUAACGACACCAGACUUGAGACGUAUACCGACGAAUUAUUCUCCGUCACGGGAACACCGUCGAUCGACAACGCGGUGAUCGAAGACGUUACGAACAGCGAGCAGACGCAAAGAAGCAACCAUACGGUCGACAAUAGCGGUAUCGUGUUGGCCGGCGAGGACGUUCCGUGCAUCGACCUGAAUGUCGAGGGCACACUGGACAGCAUGGAACUGGAGGAGCUGCUGAAACGUUGCAUACAGGCAGCCAGUCCCAUCUGUGUGUACUGCAACCACGCGCGCUACAUCGCUGUGAACGGCAGGCAGCUGGGCCUGCACAUGCUCGCGGAGCACAAGUUUCAGCCGCAGCAUCCCGCGAUCAUCAUACACGCGGAGCAGUUCACCGCGCGUGUAAAGCGGUCCCUCGACGAGCUCGAGUCCCGUUACUUCAAUCUGGACACGUACAACAGCGCGGACGGCACGUACAACGUGCCGAAAGUGCUUAUAUACGAGUGCUUUCAUUGCAGGUUUCACUCGACCGUGCACAAGGAACUGUACCUGCACAACCGGAAGAUGCAUCAGAAGACCAUACUGAUUUGCAUAAUGUGCAAGUCGACGUUCUACAGCUACAGCGAGUUGGUAUGCCACUUGUGCCCGGGCGUCUACUCGCCGAAUGCGAAUUUGCGAUAUCGAUGCUGCCUCUGCACGGUAGCGAGCCUGCCGUCAGCGUUCCGGCUGAUGGUCCACGUGCGCAAACGUCACCACGCAUGCGACGUCUGUUUGGAGUCCACGGGUAAUCAGCAGCGUCUCUCGAAUCACGUGUGGAAGCACAAACUGCAUCAUCUGUGCUACAGAUGCGGUAUCGCGUACCGCAACAAACCGGACAUCACGAAGCACUUGUUCUGGAAGCACGGCACGGAGAGCGUCCUGUGCCGGAAGUGUCUACAGAAGAAGUGGCCGCAUAUUUAUCACUUUUGCAUACCACCAACGGCAUUCGGCUGCGAGGAGUGUGGCUUGAACUUCGGGCGUGCGGUGGCGCUCAAGGUCCACAAGAGGUUGCAUUCCGGCGAUUCGCCAUACGGCUGCGACGAGUGCGAGCAGCGCUUCAUAUCACGGAAACUUCUAGCCAAGCAUCAAGCAACUCACCAGGAACCUGAGCCACCGGAAGACGUUCACGUGAACGUAACGGGUGUAGUGAACCCCCCAUUAACGGAUAAAGAUGAAAACAAAGACAAGGAAACGCCCGUGACGGCGGUGGGAACCGAGGGAGACUCGAUUGUGACUGGAAUCGAGACAGGAUCGAAGAACGUUAAAGAGGCUGUGAAAAAAGUGGUCGAUGUUUACGAUUUACCGCCACUCAAUCUGUCGUCCGAGAGCGACACGGAUAGUGAAGAAGAAAAGGAGAAAGAGAAGCCUUUUACUUCCACGGAAAAACCACCAGAGAAGGAAAAUAUCAAUGAAAAUGUGGCGAAGAAGGACGAGGACGAGAGCACCAUCGAAAAGACUACUGUUGCUGACGAUGAUGACGUUACCGCGUCGAACAACGAUGUAGUGGAUAACGAGGUUGAACGGAAUGAAGAGGAGAAGAAGCAGGAGGCGCGCAUCAUGGAUGGCAUUUGGGACACCUUUAAGACUUACGCCGCCAGUCUAGACGCAGAGGAAUCCGCCAAAAACGUCGCGUUGAAGGAGAGCGUAGUACCUGAAACCGACACCACAUACUUGAGAAGCAUCGUCUUCUCCGAUCACGAUUAUUGCGUGGUAUACUCGACUGAUAAAGAAAAGAAUGAGGAUCAAGCUUCCAAGGACGAUGAUACGAAGGAGCACAAAUCUGGAAGAAGUCCAUCGCCCGGUACUCCGACUGGCAACACCGAAUGUGACAACGACACAAGCAAACGGAAGACGAAAACUCCGAAAAAGAAGAAGCGUAGCGGCAGCACGUCGUCCACGAGCGACUCCUCGAGCGACUCCGACUCGAGCAGUUGUUCGUGCGGUACCAACUGCAGUUGCAGUAGCUCUACGUCCGGCAGCUCCUCCGGUAGUUCCAGCAGCAGCUCCGAUUCCGACAGCUCUGCGUCCGAGAGUUCGCCUAGGAAACAACAAUCCAACAGUCGUAAGGAUCGGAAUAAGAAGGAAAAGGAGGCCGCCACGCGAGAGAACAAGUCGCAGUCCAUCGAGCCGGAGAACAAGGAGACGGAGAUUACAAUCGAGAACGGUCCCACGGUGCCUGAGGUAGUAGUGAGCGAGCCUUCCCCGGUGAAGCCGCUUUUGCGGGAGUCCGAUCUGGAGACCGAGGAAACCGAAACUGAUGAGGAUUUUUAUGACGAGUAUCCACAGCUGCUCGCUAACAAACUACUAGCGGAGAAGCGCAAUCAGUUGCUGUUGCUGGCCGCUGUAGCGCCAGCAUCGACGCCGUCCUCGACGCCGACCUCGACGCCGACCUCGACGUUGAUGCCAGCGAUGGAACAGUCAUCGAUGAUGCCGCUGAACAAUGGCAUUUUGGCACCGGAAACGGCACUGUCGGAUCCGAUCUCAAUGGCCGUCAAUAAACGGCAGUCGCAGCAGCAGCAAAAGAGGAAAACAAAGACGAAGAAACGACGAAAGGGCGAAAGGGGGAAACGUAAUGCGAUUACAACACCGACCGUGGAAUCGAUCAAACUGAACAUUCCCAAGGCGUUUUACCAGAAGAAUCCGGGAUUCACCGUGUCAUCGCAACCGACGCUGGCGUCGCGUCCUAACAGCAGGUCUUCGAACGAAUCGAAUCUUUUACCAGCUGCGACAUGCAACGACUUUCAUGCCGCGAGCAUCGCGAUAGAGAUGCAUCAGCAGCAGCAAGCGUCAUCGGCUACUGCCGCCGCCAUCGCCGUCGUUGGCGUACAGAACCAGAACGUCGGUGGCCAACCGGAGACAGAGAACAAGAGAGUUUCGAAGAGGAAGCGCGUACCGAAACGCUUUUACGGCGACUCGAGCGACGACGAGCCACAGGAGAAGCAACCUUUCAGCCGAUGGCGGAAAAUUGAUACAACCACCUCUAUGAUGACCGCUGCUAUCACCAAUACCACCACUACUACUAUCCCGGCUUUUACUCCGGUGCCACCGGUGACAGCAAUGACGCCGCCGAAUUCGAAGCCGUUGGUGUCGAAACUGUCCUUUAGCGGAAAGACUAUCGUACAGACAUACGGUAGCAGAUCUACUCAAGCGGAGCAGAUAGCGAGCCAGCAGCAAAUGUCUCUACUGCCCGAGGCAUUGCCAAUUGCCGCACCAGCAUCCGCCACCGAAUCCGAGGAUCCUGUGGAGAGCAGCAGCGAAAGUAGCGAAUCCGAGACGGAGAAUACUGCCGUGGAACCGCCAAAGAUCAACCCGAUCAAUCCAAUCAACCCAACAUUACCGGCCGUUGGCGCGUCGACCUCGGAACGACCCGGCAAGAUUUAUUGUUACUGUCAAUGCCCAUAUGACGAAGUGUCGGAAAUGAUAGCCUGUGACGGUGACGACUGCCGCAUUGAGUGGUUUCAUUUUGAGUGCGUCGGUAUAAUGGUGCCGCCUAAGGGCAAGUGGUACUGCCCGGACUGCAGGAAGAAGCACGGUAUUGUGCAAAACGACGAAUACUGCGAUUGAUAGUCUGCCGCGUAGAACGAUAGACGACGGCACAUUACUACCAAAUUCGAGCAAUCGGAUCGUUGCUUUUUAGGCAUAAUGCUAGAAUUUUUCUCUUUUUUUUUCACGAACGUAACGUAAAGAAAAAAAAGUUGCUACACUGUUCCACGUUGAUAUUUUUCUUAAGCCAAUACACAGAGUGUUUGUACAUAACUAUGUAAAUACGUCUUAGAAUUAUAAGAAUGAAAGGAGGUUUUUUGUGUACAUUUCUUUGUACUUCUUUUAACGACAGUAUGUAUAAAUAGGUAGCAUUGGUAGAUAGAUGAAUAAGUAGGUAGAAUAUAUCACCGGCAAGGUAUUGUCAUUAACAACAGUUAUUGACGUUGUUUCAGCUGAUAUGAAUCAGGGUUGUCAUAGAUCUGGAAAACUUGAAAAAGUCAUAGAAAUUUAAAUCACUCAGAGAAAAGUCAGUAAAAGGUAUUUUAAAAAUAUGGAAUUUGAACUCUUUCACAAUUUCUUUAAAUGCUCUUAUUCUAACGGGUACUUGUAAUUUUGUAAAUGUAGAUAUUUAAUAUUUAUUUAUAGUCUAAUGUAUUUAUAAAUUACGAAUUAUUUCUUAACUAUUACAGCUGUGUGAGAAUAACUUAAGUAGUAAGAAAAAUAAUCACAAUCGAUUCGUCAACUACAGAAAAAUAGAGAAGUCGUGUUUAUUUCAUUCAAAAAUUAAUUUUGUCUAUUUAAUGUUUAAAUUUUAGUAAGAAAUUUAUUAAAUUUUAUUUUAAAAAUUAUUGCUGCUUAAUAUUUUUGAAUGCGAUAUUUUUAAGGCAUCUUGUUCCGUCAAUUUGUAAAUUUUCACGUGUUUUUUUAGAUACUAAUGAAAAAAAAAGAAAUUUAUAAUGAAAAGCCAUUAUACUGACUUUGAUCAGUUGCCAUAUACAUAAUCUUUAUAAAACAUUUUUUACCUUUUUGCUUUUUUCUGUAAAAAAUUUACAAAAUUGGGCCUGUCGUUUCUACCUGUUUAGGUAUAUGUGCCUCUUCAAAAUUAUAGAGUUGGUCAUGGAAAAUUGUUUCUAUUAUCAUUUGGAAAAUAUAAAGAAAAUUAAAAAAUUAUUCUAUGGCAAUCCUGUAAAUAUUUAAAUUAUAAUAAUGGUACCUUAUUGGUGAUAGUAUAGAUAACAGUACGAAAUCGUACGCAACCUAACAAUGUGGUAUGGUUGCGUUUCUCACAAAUCUUAGGAUUUUCGCCUGAUGCGCCUGAUUGCGACUACUACACUUGCGAUCGUUGGCGGUAUCUGUGCCCCGGUCUUAGAGUCUAUCUCCGUUGCGGUCGGCGCUUGACCUCUCGAUACCUCUCCGUUGGUCCAGUAGAUCACGCUGUUAAAUGUAUAACUGUUGUAAUUUAAUUUUUCUAGAACAGCGAAUACGGAGAUGAUAUUGUUUUCUUUACUUUUUUUCUUUUAUUGACACUGGACUACUCUAAAUUUUUUAAGUCGCUGUAUUCGCUAAGCGUCAUCGAUUGGUCUCUUUGGUGAUAGCAGCGUACGAAUAUCGUUGUGUAGCGCUUCCUCAAAGCAAUGUACCUCUCGCGGGAGGCGAAUCUUUCCUUGCUUCUAGUCUAUCAUAGAUAUUGUCUUGAAAUAAAACCCCUUCUUGUUUCAGCGGUCAAAACAUCCCUUCUGCCAAACAAUUCUUUGCCGGUCAAUGACAAUUAUCUGUUGUAUUAUUUUUCAUAAUACAUCAGGUUUAUAAAUUUUGGCGAGUAAACGUCAUUCUUUGAAUUGUCGAUUAAUAACGACGCGCGAUAAUUGCAAAUAACAUUGUUAAAAAUGGUUAAUAUAAUGUUUAUUAAGAAAUUUGCUGAACAGACAGUAUUACAGCAACAAGUACAAGAAAACAAAUCUACAUCAUACUCUUAUAUUAUUUCCACGAGUUUCGUGUAUAAUUACCGUAUAAUUUACAUAAUUUUUAUGCAAAUCGAAGGAAUGACGGCGAUUAAACGCCACUGAUAGUUCUGUCAGUGUUCUUCUUUAAUGCCUAUCAAUCUUACUUUAAUUUUAUAAAAGAACAAAACAGUCGCGUGCGCAAUUAUUGUCUUCGAUUUGUGUCGAUCGCUUACUUUUAACGGACCUCGUCACAUUAUAGUUAUAAACAAGAAAUCUCUUAGAGUACUGCAAGCAACCGUUAUGCUGAUUUCCUCAAUUGUCAGCCAUAAUUUCCUCUAGCAAUUCAACACCCAUAAUGUCCAUGGCGAAAUCUUUGUAAGAUAUCUUCUGUAUCAUAACGUAAUAAUACAUUACUCUCGGGAAGCC